AUGUUCUAUAGACUAGAAAUUUUUUGUGCUAAAGAUGUUGAAAUUGCGGUAAAUGAAUGGAAAUUUCAGUGUGAAAUUGCGAAGCAACGAGCCGCCGUUGUCAUCCAGAAAUUUGUACGCGGUUGGCUUGCACGAACAUAUUACAAAAAAAUACACGAAAACGCUUUACUGCAAAUACGCGAAGAGGCAGCGGCAAUCACUUUGCAGCGGUAUGUACGUGGCUGGCACGCGCGGUUGCUCUACCAUAAAAUGCAGCUCCAGAAGCAAAAACAAAUGUCUUUGCAGAAGCGAGAAAAAGCAGCAAUUACUCUUCAACGGUAUUUACGGGGCUGGCAUGCGCGACUGCUCUAUCGCAAGAUGCUACAACAAAAGCAACAGCAAAUGGCCUUGCAAGAGCGAGAAAAAGCAACAGUUACUCUUCAGCGAUAUGUACGUGGCUGGCAUGCGCGAUUGCUCUACCACAAGAUGCAACAACAAAUGGCUUUGCAGGAGCGAGAAAAAGCAGCAGUUAUACUUCAACGAUAUGUUCGUGGCUGGCUUGCACGAUUGCUAUACCACAAGAUGCAACAACAAAUGGCUUUGCAGGAGCGAGAAGAAGCAGCAGUUAUACUUCAACGGUACGUACGUGGCUGGCAUGCGCGAUUGCUCUAUCACAAGAUGCAGCAACAAAAGCAAGAACAAGUGGCUUUACAGGAGCGAGAAAAAGCAGCAGUCACUUUGCAGAAACACGCACGAGAAUGGCUUGCACGAACCUGUUAUAAGAAAACGCAGCUUAGCAAAGCUUUGUUGGAUCAGUCGAAGGCUACGGUGACUCUGCAGGUAAGCUUGAGUGCAGGGUGUGAGGAUGUGAAUUGUGAGGAUGCAUUGCUUGUAGACUGGGAUUAUGGACUUGAGUGA